AUGGCUGCCAACAUGCGCUGUGUUUGCCUGGCAGACUCCACCGGGUUUGGCCUUUUGCCGCCCGGUUCACGCAGUGGUAUCGUCGAAGCCGAAACCACUUUGGGCCGGAAAUUCACGGCCGCAAUCAGCUACGGCGCCUGCUUGACGGCACCGUCGGGCGAUGGCGCACCUUCGCUGAUGCAGCUGUUGCUGCAAUUGCAGCAAGAGGCCCAGGUGCCACUGUCGGCCCCAGUCUUCUGCGGCUGCGUCCCGGCAAGGGACUCAGUGCCCCCGAAGCCUGGUGCUCCCAAGGAGGAAGGUUUCAAGGGACUUGUGGAGGGCCGGGCCCAAUACCACGUCAAAGACAUUACGGGGGACGGUGUGGACCUGGAGCUUUGCUUGGUGAGGCAAGUGGAGGCCAUGAGCGCGUUGGGCCUCGAGGUUUGCGAUCUCGGCGCGAUCAACCGCAAUGAGCGCGGAGAGGACAUUUACAAUCAGUGCUUCUACCUGGCCCUGGCCAGGUCCUACCUUGGCUGUGAUUCCGAUGUUUUGAAAGAAACGGCCCUGAUGUUCAAGCGGAACAUUGAGGCCGCCGUCCUCGCUGCACACCCCGAGUGGGGCGGUAGCCGUGUUGGAGAGGAUGUACAGGCUUUCAGCGACUUCCUCUUUUACGUCCUCGGCUCCCAU